ACGCUUCAGACGGCGUUCAUGUAAACCGCGGGGGCGUUUCAGCCUAAUUCUUUGUUUAUAAACGCAGUCGUGUAGGCUGAGCGCAAUGUCCCGCCUUCUCCCGCCGCUGAUUGGUUAAUAUGCCCGUUUGAGCCGCGCUCUGAUUGGCUGACGCGUCCUGCGCGUUUCUGUUCGCGGCUGUUUUUACAAACAAACAAACCUCGUACCUUGUGUUAAUUUCAUUAACUUCGGCCGUUCUUUCACAUUAUCGACACCUCUCGCGUGAACUAGAACACGUAACGCAGCCGUGUUAUAACAACACGACGUGCUUCAGAGAUUGAUCGAUGAAUCGGCCGAUAUCCGUCGAGCGACAGAAGCCCAUAUAUGGCAGAGGGGCGGGGUCAGUGGGCAGGACCUUCGAUGCCCGCCAGAAGAUCGGCAGCAGUGACGUCAGACAGCGGCUGGGAGUGGGCGGAACUACAGGAGCGUUCCAGGUAAAGGACGCGAGAGAGAAGCUGGGACAGAAAGACGCACGGUUCCGGAUCCGGGGUCGAGGGGGCGGAGCCGGAGCCGGUGCAGUACAGGACGCGCGGCAGCUGAUCAACUCGCGCAAACAGCAGCAGACUCCGCCUCCGAGCGUGACGCCCGUCAAACCCACGGGAAUCCCUCACGUCCAGAUCCACAACACCGGCCCCGUCUCUGCCGGCCCCCGGCCCCAGAACGCCAGAAUGGGUGUGGCCCUGCAGCCAGGAGGCGGGAUCACAAAAGUAGUGGACGCACGCGAUAGGUUGAGCUUAAAGAGGAGCGUCCCGACGGCGUCCAAUCAGAGCGCAGCGCCUCUGAAGAUCACCAAAACCAUCCAGCAGAGGCCUGUGGGAAUGACCAGCGGGAUCCGCUUCAACGUUCCCAGUGCCGCCGCUCCGGUGAGACUCACACAUCAGUCACCACACCAUUCCUCAGAAACACUUUCAUAAUCAGCAGUGCUUUCAGAUGACACUGUUAAUCCAUUAGUC